UAUCACUUUAACUAAUAAUGUAUAUUCGUUUAUACAUGAAUAAAGAAACUAACGGCUGUAUUUGGCUGGUGGUGACUAGCAGUAUAAUCCAGGAUGCACAUUUUGUCCUAUAUGGGACUCAUCAACUAAGAGUGCUCGUAGUAGAAAGCAAACAAUGGGCUUACAGAGACUGCACUUUUUAGAGCCUUGAGAUGUAGUGCGUUUCGAGGGGAUAGAUAGUAUCAAUAGAUAUAGGCGGAUAGUAUUGCAGGGUGACUAGGAUAACUAGAUACAUUGUACAUACCUAUCUGCAGAAUAGUACUGACAGUAGUAGGGAAGCAAAAGCAUGGAGAGGGGGUUGACAGGUAUACAAGAGAAUGAUGAUCAGUAGGGCUUUGUGUGCUGAUUAUUUUUUUCCCUCAUUCACACAUCUGUUUGGCAUCUCUCGUUUGAGUCUCUCUUAACUGUCUUCUCCUUUGCUUUGUGUACUAAAUGAAGGGAGUGUGGCAACUCAAUCGAACUGCUGUACAUUUGUGCCAAGUUCUCUGUUGAAACUAGUCGUGGAAUCGAAAAAUUCAAGUGAAAUCAAAGAGAAUUGGGCUAAUCAUUACUCAUGGGAGGCAUAUUCACUUGACCUCACACCGUAAUAAUAAUAAAAAAUAAUAAAUGCCAGUACAUGGAUGAAAACAAAAAAGUAAUUCUUCAUAAUGAUUUUCAAUCCAUAAAAUGGAAAUGUUCAUUAAACACAGAGGAAUGUAGUCAAUUUCCUAAUAUAUAGAUUCUAUUUUGUAGUGAAUUACUUUUAACCGUUCUUAUUUUUAGUGUAUCGACCCGUGGAUUCGUGAUUCGCCUACUUGUCCGGUUGAUCGUUUGCCUAUCCCAAAAGGAUCCAUGCACCAUGAUUUCAUAGUUGAAAAUAUAAUAGGCGAAUAUAUGGUAUCAUGUCCUUGGCGUUCUCUAGGAUGCGAUUUUAUCGGUCGCUUGUGCAUUUUACCCAGUCAUAAAAAAACGUGUCCAAUGAAUCCUGAAGUUCUCCCAGCAGAAUUACGUAAUCGUGUUAUGGUUGGUUUACAAAAUACAACAAACAAAAAUCAAUCUUCAGACUUGAAUUGUUAUUCGUAUAAUGAAAAGCUAUCGAAAGCUCGACAGGAACCUGCUCCUCCUCCACCUCAUCCUACAGUCACAAGUGAUGACAGUAAUGGAAGUAAUGCAUCAAAUAGUCAUGAGAAUAGUCUACUGUCACAGAAUGUCGGUCCCAGUCUAUAUGACGACACUGGAAAUAAUGAAAGUGUUGGUGAAGAUCACCUUCUGCCUGCUCCACCACCUUGCCUGUUGUUUCGAUUGUAUCAAAAUUCUGAUGAGAAUAGUCGUAGUCUGUUAUGUAACUUUCUAAAAAGUGAUCAACCUUCUGAAUCUACUUCUACCAGUGCAGGUAAUAAACGACGCCGUAGAAAAUGAAAUCAAUGUGAUCCAAAGCAUUUUGCAAUUCAAAUGGCAUUUGUGAUUCGUGCAUUUAACAUUCAUUGAGUGUAAAUUUUAAAAUAUAAAACUCUUCUCUAUGGGUAAUUUCUCCUUCAUUUUGAAUGUGCACACAUGCUGUAA